AUGUACACGCAAACGAUCAAGAUGCCGGUCCAGAAAGAUUCGAAUAUCGUAAAAAUCGCCGUUCAAAUGACUGACCAAGUGCCGCAGCUCAUAGAAUUCAAUCAGAAGCAACCUUUGGCCGGUAUUAUUCAGGAAUUGUGUAACGGAUGGGAUUUAUCUGACGCGGAAUCGUACUCGUUACAAUUUUCAGAAAGCAACAAUCAGAAUUAUAUUACGGAGAAAAAUAGGAACGAGGUGAAAAAUGGCAGUAUUCUCAGAUUAGAGUUUUCGCCAUCGAAAACAGCGAAUGAUAUUUUGGCUAAGCUCAAUAAUGGGACAACAGAAGAAAAAGUAAUAGCUUUGCAGAAGCUGAGUACGCUUAGUAUAGACAUGACUUUUGCAUUAGAAUUCAUAAACAAGAAAGGAUUGGCAUUAAUCAUCUCACAAGUGGAAGGUGGAAAGUACAAGGGAAGUGCACUUGCAUUUUCUCUUCAGUCAUUUGUGGAGUUGAUGGAUCAUGGAAUUGUGUCAUGGGAUAUAUUGGAAACACCAUUUAUUAAUAAAGUAGCAAGUUAUGUGAAUAAUCAAUCAGUAACUCAGGACACCAAUGUAGUGGAAGCUUCUCUAAGUAUUUUAGAGAAUAUAGUCCUGAAUUCAACAGGAAAAUAUGGACAAGUGGAGAAGGAAGUUACUUUUCCCAAUCUUGUAAUGCAUUUGCAAUGCAUGAAUGCGCAAAUUCAACAAAACGCGAUAGCUUUAAUAAAUGCACUGUUUUUGAAAGCUGAUUUAUACAAGAGACGAGCAGUUUCUGCCACAUUACAAUCCAAACAAGUCAGAAAUGUAUUCUUGACAAAUGUUAUUCAAUCUACUGGACAGGUCGGAGCGGAAAUGGCGCAUCAACUCUAUGUGUUGCAGACGCUAAUGCUAAGUCUUUUAGAACAACGAAUGAUGGCGAAAAUGGAUCCGCAGGAUCAGGAUGCACAUGAUAAGAUUAAGGAACUUCGAAAAAUCGCCUUUGAUACAGAAGGAACGACUAGCGGGGAUAUAACUGCUCGCAAGCAGGGGCUUUUUGCCAAGGAUUAUAAAAAGUUGGGUUUUAAAUACGACAUCAAUCCAGCUCUUGAUUUUACUGAAACACCACCGGGUAUGCUCGCCCUUGAUUGUAUGGUGUACUUCGCGCGUAAUCAUACCGAAGCAUAUACGAAAGUUGUUCUUGAGAAUUCAUGCAGAGCAGACGAGCACGAAUGUCCUUUUGGUCGAACAAGUGUAGAACUUGUUAAAUUACUAUGCGAGGUGUUACGCAUUGGUGAAGCACCCAGUGAACAAGGUCAAUCUUAUCACCCAAUGUUCUUUACACACGAUCACCCCUUCGAAGAGUUUUAUUGUGUCUGCAUAGUUUUGCUAAAUAAGACGUGGAAGGAAAUGAGAGCGACCACAGAAGAUUUUGUCAAAGUCUUUUCUGUUGUACGCGAGCAAAUUACUAGGGCGCUUCAGUGCAAACCUACAGGACUGGAUAAGUUUAAAAAUAAGUUACAGCAGCUCACUUAUUCCACAAUCACAAAUCUUUGGCAGCAGGAGAGAACAAGCCGAGAGGAAUGGGAGAGCCACGCGAGGCCGAUCGUUGAACUUAGAGAACAGAUUACACCUGAAAUCUUAGAGUUAAUUCAACAACAGCGAUUAGGAUUUUUGGUACAGGGCACUAGAUUUAUGAAAUAUAGUGCCAGAGGACAACGGAUUAAAGAUAAAUUUUGGUAUGUCCGCUUGUCGCCAAAUCAUAAAGUCUUCCAUUACGGAGAUUGCGACGAGAAGUCGGUGCCAACAAUAGACGAACUUCCUACGAAAUUAGCGGUGGUCGAGAUUCGAGGAUUGCUAACCGGCAGGGAUUGUCCACACAUGAAAGAUUUGCAGAGACGGAAAACUACACACCAGUUGGCGUUUUCCUUGGCCUUGGAUUCUGUCGAAGUAUCUAGUCUCGAUUUUGUUGCUCCCGAUGAACAAGUCUUCGAUUAUUGGACUGAUGGCAUUAAUGCUUUGCUCGGAAACAGAAUGACCAGUAAGGAGGCUGAAAAUGACUUGGAGACUUUAUUAUCCAUGGAUAUCAAGUUACGGCUUCUAGAUGCCGAAGGAAUUGAUAUUCCGCAAGAUCCACCUCCGAUCCCCGAACCGCCGCCAAAUUAUGACUUCUGUUACGAACUCAAGUAAAAAUCGUAAGUCAUUUUCCUCUAUAUAGAGCUGACAUCACUGUUAUAUUGACUUAAUAGACAUAUUGGUCAUUUUGAUUAUUAUACAUUUUUUAUUUCUUUUUAUAAUUUCGAAUUUUACUAUUAUGAUAUAGAUCUAGAUUUUUAAGCUAUAAUUGUUUGUCACAUGUUUUAAUCGUACAGGAAACAGCAAUACAUCUUGCCAAAGAAAUAUUUUAAAUUUUAUAUAAACAGAUAUUAUACAUAUAUUCCGUUUUUAGAAAUUAUUUAUAGAAAUUAAAUUAUUGCAAAUGGAAAUUUUUUAUAGAAUGACACUACACAA